AUGCCAAUUCCCUCCCACGAAGACCGCCAGCGGCGACUUCUUCAGCUCGCGGAGCAAUGGGGCGUGGAAGUGCCGUCAGCGACCUCAUCACUGUCCCGCCCAUCUCAUCCGCCCACUUAUCGCAACACAGAUGAUGACUUCUACGCCGAAGAGCUCGUCAAAAGAAGACAACUUUCACACGGCCGGACCGAGUCGACUGGGAACCUUCGAAAGGCAUUUUCUUCCUCCAAGAAGAAAUCCUACGACCCCAAGAUCGUCUUCGAUGCCUUGAACUCUCACGUCGCCAACUCGGGUAGAGCCGGCGCAGCCGAGUCUCUCAUCAAUCUCCUCAUCAGCUCGGGUGGUGAUGUAAAUCUCCCCCAGAAGCCCAAGCAAGGCCUUCUUAGCCGUCGUAAGAGCUUGGAGACCUUUGGAGAACGGAGCAGGCUCCUCCAGCAGGCGGUGCAGAAUGGACAAGCGGACAUGGUGGCCGUCUUGCUGCCCCACGCAGACACCGUCGCCCUGGACACAUCGCUGCCCAUAGCCAUGAGGAACCAGAACACAGCGAUUGUUGAGCUGUUGCUUCGAUAUGGUGCCGGUGCCGCCUCGACGGCUGAUGCCCAGGACGCCGUACGCCAGGCAUGUGUCACGGGCGGACAAGCCGAAAUUGUCAGUCUGGUUCUGCGGUCCGAGGGACGACCUUCAGCUUCCUGGCUGUCCCAAUGCAUGAUUGAUGCCACUCGAGCCGCCUGCGUUUCGACAGUCAUGAGACUAGCUAGAUCCACCGCUGAUGGAAGCCACAAGCAAGCACAGGCCCUGAAGAUUGCGAUAUCGCAAGGACGACACGACAUAGUGCUUGCAAUCUUGCUUGGAAGCAAACCACCCCGUGGUCAAGGUCUGGACGAAGCCUUCACCGAACUCAUCGGCCAUCCGGGGGAUGGCACAUCGCUUGCUUUGCUCAACUCGGCAUCCGCGGAGUUUCUCGAGAUGCUCCACGUCCUAGUCACAUACGGCACGUCGAUCGAGUAUCGGGAUGCCAUGGCCGUUCGGAAGGCCAUAUCCAAUGGCCGCGUAGAUGUGGCGCACAUUCUGCUUGCUGGCAACUCGCCUUUGAGCUCUCUCCAGGCGUCCGAGUGCGUUGAACUCAUUCCUAAAGACUUGGCAUUGGAACACCGGCGGCUGUUGCUUGAUGUGCUCUUACGAAGAGGAGCCAGCGGCAACCCUCUGCAUGACGUUCUCAUCGAAGCCGUCAGGGCUGGUGACGUCAAGUCUGUCAAUCUCCUGGUCACUCCCCAGUUCCCGGGGUCGGGUCGGCCCGUCGAGUCUCAGUCACCGCGCGGUCUGGGGAGAAGAGCGUCGAAAUCCAUGGUCUUCGAGAGACACGAAGUGGCCUCGGUUGACUACAAGAAUGGACUGGCGUUGCAGAUUGCAGUCAGCCGUGGUGAUGUAACCAUGGCCAGUGUGCUGCUCGCAAGCAAGCCCAGCGGCCAAACUGUUGCGCGUGUUUUCGCUGAAACAUCUGCACUCCCGCCUCGCGACAAGCUUGGCAUGGUGGAAUGUUUCCUCUCUAGCGGACUACCCUCUCAAACCGUACAAAAUGCUUUGCAGGAAGCUAUCGACUCAAAACCACCAAACAGGGAUGAAGCUUUAAUUGCUCUGCUUCUUCGGUUUACAAAUGACGUCAAUUCAAGCGAUGGGGCAUUGUUGGCAGCAGUGACGCAAAAAGAUGUCAAACUUCUCGCUGCGCUUCUCCGGAAGAACAUCUCGCCAGACACCGCGGCUGGUGUUCUUCCUAGCAUAGUAGCGAUUGAAGAUCCACGAGCCAGGCUUGAGAUAGCGAGUCUUGUAUUGAGCUCCGUGCCUGGUAUGGAUCCCGUCAAGGUGUCGUCUGCGAUGCUUCACGUUCUCAAUACACAACCUGCAGAUAUGAGACUGCUGCAGGUGCUAUUACAACAAGGUCGGGCUGACAUCAAUUUUAAUGAUGGCGCACCAUUGUCAAUCGCGAUUCGGGACCAUGAGCCUCCGGUGCUUGACACGGUUCUGAAGCACAGCAAGCCCUCUGCUGCGACUCUGAAUCGUGGUCUGAACGAGCUCUCUCAAAUGCUAUCCUCUGAGAAAAAAGUGUCCAAACUGCACACCCUCUUGCGAAGAACUACAGAUAAGGCUCUUCUCAACGAUAUUCUGGUUAAGGAGGUCCACUCUCUCGCCAAGACAGAACCAAAAAGCCGGCAGCUGUCUACGGUCAAGGUCCUCCUCAGCUCUGGAGCUGACGUCAAUUCACACAAUGCGGCAGCCUUGUGUCAUGCAGUUGCUGCCAGCGACGAACAAUUGACGAAUGUGCUUUUCGAAGCCAGACCGACACCGGCAUCCUUGGCGUAUGCUUUGCCACAUGCCUUACGGAUACCUGAUCCCAUGGAUCGCUUGGCCUUUUCCAAGAAGUUGCUGGAGGCCGGUGCCCCUAGUGCGGAGGCUAAUCGUGCACUGGGCUUUGCUAUUAAUACAUAUUCUGACGACCUCCCGUUAUUGCGGACCCUGUCAGUCAAGGCAAAUACCAAUGAUGGAGAGGCUCUUGUAGCCGCCAUCAGACGAGAAAGACCCGACAUUGUGGAACUGGUGCUGCAAAGAAAGCACACUGCCGCCAUCCUUAACAGUGCUUUCACCGAGGCCACCAAAUGCCAGAAGAAGGAUACAAGAGCGCUCCUGUGUACGCUGCUAUUGGAACAUGGGGCCUCGGGCAACGCGGUUUCAGAAGCUUUGCAAGCUGCGGCGACCGACGGAGACAUUGUCCUUGGAAACAUCUUGAUCAACCAUGGUGUAGGCGUUGACGACCAAGCCAUCAUCGAAGCGUGUCGGUCCGGUGCUGCUGAUGUCCUUGCGAUGCUGCUGACCGGCAGAGAACCCAGCAGAGCAACGCUAGAACAGGGGUUUCAGGCAGCAACCGAGGUUGGGGAUUUGCGAAAGCGAGCUGCAGUCCUGGAGCCGCUUCUCACGCGUGGUGUCGGUGGGGAUGCUCUCAAUGCCCAACUAGUAUCUGCAGUCCGUUUCGGUGGCGAGGGUGAAGAACUGGUAAGGAUCUUGCUUCAAGCUGGUGCGGAUCCAAACUAUUAUAAUGGCGAGGCUGUCUGGGCAGCGACGCGGAGCGCCAAUGUGGGCAGUCUGAAGAUAAUACUCGCUGUUGGUCACGACGAGAAAAGCAGACAACGAAGGGCAUCCUCCGUCACUCUGAUCAGAGCGCUGAACGCUGCCUGGAAGCUAAGCGGAAGCUCGCGCUUGAUGGUUCUUGACAUGCUUUUCCAAGCCGGGCUUCCCGUCUGCGAGGAGCUUCACAUCUGCCUGAAUAAGGCCGUAAACGAUGAGGCGAUCGAUGAAAAGGCUAUCGAAGUUCUUGUGGCCCAUGGCGCGACCCCAAACGUGAAGGGUGCCAAGACACUGGUUGAUGCCGCACAGAGAGCUUUGCCGUCGGUUGUGCGACUAUUACUCGAGGCAACAGUUACGACCGACGCCUUAAAUUUGACGGUUGUGCAGAGCUUCACCAAUAAAAACGCAGCCACAUGGUUUAGCGACAGAGGCUUCUUGGUUCUCCAAGCCUUGAUACUAAAGGGAGCCCAUGGAGCGGGUUUGACAGACGUCUUGGGUCUCGUCAUCAACAUGGUGCCCCAGAGUCCAGACCUCGGAGGCCGUUUCAUGGACUUGCUGUUCGAGAAUGACGUGGAUGUCGACCAUGAAGACGGAAAGCUCCUAGAGUCGGCAACCUCUGCAAACAACAUUAGGCUCGUACAGCGCCUUCUAGAGAAACACCCCAAGACAGAGUCGCUUUCGAGGGCUUUCCAUCACAUAUUUGACCAGCAACUGUCCGAAGAUGAGGCCCUGCAACUGAUUCAAGUCUAUACAGACUAUAGCAACGGAGAGACACGCCUGGAUGUUAUGUACUCACUUUCGGACUCGCCACCAGUUCUGUUUCUCGCGCUCGCCAGGUUCCCACGGUCCUUUAGGAUUAUGAAGGCUUUGCUGGAUGCCGGCUUCUACCACGACCAGACAACCGUUAGUCGGGUCAUGCCUGAGAUUGAGGAAGAAGAAACAGUAACGCUUCUCACUUGGGCACUUAUCCAACCGCAAAAGAAAGUCAGCAGCAACAUAAUCCAGCUUCUUCUAGAUUCCGGGGCCAAGGUCAACUUUGAAACUCGACACUCACGUCUGACGCCACUGAUGCUGGCGAUCCAUGCAAGACGGCCUGAUGUCACGAAGGAACUUCUUCUGAAGGAUGCCGAUGUGGACGUCACGGACGCAAAGGGCAAUACCCCACUGUCACUGGCGUCAGACAUCGGAGGCGACGUGGCCAUCACUAUGAUGUCCAACCUACUCGCUGCUGGCGCGUCCAGAAACGACGGAUCCCUUCAGAAUGCUGCUCGUGAGCUCAACCUAGCAGCCGUCCAAGUGCUCGUCGAGUAUGGCCAUGAUCCAGAUUUUCCCAGCCAUCUGCACGACGGACGGAGUGCCUUGGGCGAAAUGUGUCUUCAUGGAGCCAUAUCUGGCGAGAUGACUGCUGCCCGCGAAAAACAAAUUGAGAAGGUUAUGAACUUUCUGCUCGACAAGGGCUCUGAUAUUUCUGUUAAGUGCAGCGGCAAAUCCUUGCUUCAUCUCGCCUUGGAGUCUAGCGAUCCUGUGGCUAUGACCAGGCUGCUCCUCAAAGUGGGCAUGUGGAAGCUGGUCAACAAGAAAUUCAAUCUAUACAGGGAUGGGGUGUACACUUACUCCCCCACCAUGUACGUCGCUAAAGUUUUACCCAAGGCUGAUGUCAACGAGCAACUUCUGCGCCUACUGCGCGCCAACAGGUCCGAAGACGUCUUCUUUGCUAAUCGAGGGCCGCAGCCGGACGAUGCCAUAGGCCUUCCAGAUGACGUGGCGCUCCAGGAACGGGAACGCCGAGCCCGCCUUAGCCGGCUGGCGAGUGAGCAAGAGGACUACGAGGUGAGCAUAGCUCGCUCCAAGGAACUCGCGGCUGUGCAAGCACAAAUCUGGGCGAACCAAGCCGAACUCGAAGACGCGCGCCGUAAACGGGCGCACAGCGAAGAAAUGGAAGCUAUGGGUGAUAGGGCACGCGCAGAGGAAGAAGUCUUCGCAGCGGCCAUGCGACGGCGAAAGAACGAGCGCGUGUCGGAAGCGUCACACGAGAAGGCCAUGGCCGAGGCAUCUGCACUCAAGGCACGCCAAGAGAUGGAACUGGAUAAGCGACGACACCUUCAGGCGCUUGACUGGGAACGGAACAUGGCAACGGAGCGGGUGGACCAUGCUAAGGCAUUGAGUGCGCUUCGAAUUGCAGAACGUGAAGAUGUUGAGAGAAUGGACCGACAACAGGACGAACGGGCAACGCGAAGAAUUGCAGAACAACGGCGAUUGGUUGAAAGUCAGACAGGUCUUGCGGGACAACUUACCGGCGUUGGCCCUCAGGGACGGCGGCAGAUUGGAUACGUCGCUGGAGAACUCAAUAAUUAA